CGGAGCGGCAGUAGUACAACGCGCUUCAUCGAGCUCAAAGCUGAGCAAGCGCCUGUUGUAAACUGUUAUAAAGGUUCGGUUUUUUACGAUUAAACAACACGAACUGGGUGCGGAUUCGAAAUUCAAUCUCAAAUCUCUCGAAGGUGGAACACUAAUAUAACCAAAAUGGAUCAAAUGUUACCAAGCCCCGGAUUCAGUAUACCCAGUAUUGGUACACCUCUGCAUCAACCAGACGACGAUCAGCAAAUUUUACCCACUGCCUUGCAACAGCAACAAGAUGUACCACAGUUGCAACCUCAACCGAGCACCGAUGGCUUGCAGCAAUCACAGCAGCAACAACAUCAACCGCCACACUUACAAAUGUCUUCGAUGCAGAGUCCAAUGCCAGCCGGCAUGAUGACACCCCAUAAAUCUAUUUUUGGCAUGGGGACUUUUUCAAAUAAUCCACAUGCCAUGAUGCAGCCACAAACACCGAUUCACAGCUUAAUGUCACCUAUGCUACCAUCGUCUAUGUCAGGAGUAGCUCCUAUGUCACCGAUGGGACCUGGAUUACAUGGACCUAUGACACCCAUGACACCUGUGACCCCAGCUGAUCCUACUACUCUCCCACAGUUACAGAAUAUUGUAUCUACAGUGAACUUAAGCUGUAAACUAGAUUUAAAAAAAAUUGCUCUGCAUGCUAGAAAUGCAGAAUAUAAUCCAAAACGCUUUGCUGCCGUUAUCAUGAGGAUUCGAGAACCCAGAACUACUGCUCUUAUUUUCACUAGCGGGAAGAUGGUCUGUACAGGAGCUAAAAGUGAAGAAGAUUCACGUCUGGCUGCUCGGAAAUAUGCAAGAAUUAUUCAAAAAUUAGGCUUUCCGGCUAAAUUUUUAGACUUCAAAAUUCAAAAUAUUGUUGGAAGUUGUGAUGUCAAAUUUCCUAUCAGGUUAGAAGGAUUAGUUCUAACACAUGGUCAAUUCUCCUCAUAUGAGCCAGAAUUAUUUCCUGGUCUUAUUUACCGUAUGGUAAAACCUCGAAUUGUGUUACUGAUCUUUGUGUCUGGAAAAGUUGUAUUAACAGGAGCCAAAGUGAGACAAGAAAUCUAUGAAGCCUUUGAUAAUAUUUAUCCAAUUUUAAAAAGCUUCAAGAAACAGUGAUAUUUAUUUUUACAUGAAAAACUUCAAAUAGGUCAGAUCUCUCAUGAGUUGGAUAAAAAGUCGAUUAUUUUUGAAAACCGAUGUGCUCAUGUGUGUAUAUAUUUUAUACCAUUAAUAGAAAAAAUUUCUAAUAGUAUUCGUGGAAAAAAAUCCACGUUACAUCAGCAGCUAACAUUGAUCGCUCUCAUCGGGAGAUAAAGGAGAAAUUAUUAGUAAAAUAUAAAACAUUUAAAAAUCGUUUACGAUUAUUCGUACGAUAUCAUGGCGUUGAAUAGUGAAUACAACGUUUUGUAAAUAGAAGUAUUUUUAUAAGCUCGCGCUGUAAUUAUUUUAGACUGUAAUUUCAUUUUAAACUAGUGUGAACUCGUUAUAAUUAUCAUUGUGUACAGAAAAUCUAUUUGUUUACUAAAUAAUCAAACAGAAAAUUU